CAUGGGCCGAUAUUCUAACCACUGAGCCAAAGCAGCCAGGGGCCUUGUCUUUCUUCCUUCCUCUGUGACUCUGUCUUUUUAUAUCUUGUCAUUUUUCUGUUGGGUUGGUCUGAGGCCAUAUUAAACUGACCUUUACAUUCUGGAGGAGGGUGGUGGUAGCAAAAACUGCCGGGCUAGAAAAGCUAUGGCUGGAGUUUUGAGUUUUGGCAUUAGUUCCCAGAAACCAGUGUUUCUUGGCAAUUUGUGAACCCUGGAGAAGGACUCUGCCAACUUUGGGAGGAAAUGCUGCUUUUUUCUGAUGUAACAGCUAGGUGAGAAGUCAUGAGACCUCCGUUACCUAAUCUGGACAGAGUGUUGGCAGCACCGCCCUCUGGAACCUCGUAGGAUUGGGUUAACUCCUGCUUUGGCACAUCUGCUGUGUGCUGGCAGUUGUAUGGAUUAGCUUCAGCGUGGGUGGCCCCCGUCCAUGUGGGGGUCCAGGCCCGCUCUGUCUGCUCCCCGCAUGUCCGAUUGUUCUGGGAACCCACUUUCUUGACCCACUUCUGCAGGGUGACAGCACCCUCCGUCCCGGAUACACUCACUCUCCAUACCUGCCGCCUACCGUCCUUCCUGCAGGAUUGCCUGGAGCUGUCUGUCCCCUCCUUCGGGUCCGAAGCUGAGCUGGGAUCAGCUCUGGAUUUGUCUGCCCUGCUUAGUUCAGAAAGAAUUUUGGUGGGGGGUACCCCAUCAAAAGCCGUUUCUGCUGCUUCAUCAUUUUUGUCAGGAAAAGCAUCUCAAGCUUUUCUAGUGAAUUUUCUUCUCUUGGACCGGAGUGUCCCAAAGAGCCCUGGCAAGCCAAGAAGGUGCCUGCGUCCUGGAGGGUAUGGACGGCUUUGCUCUCGUUUAAGAAGCUUCCCUGAGCACUGUGUGUGGGACGGUGACCUCUGUGGGCGGAGCAGCUCAUGGACUCCCACAGCCCACAACUGGCUGGGAGGAAAGUGACCUACACACAGGUGGUGGCUUAAACUCUGAACAGAAGCUGGUUUCAUAGAUUUUGCUUCCACCCCGGCUCCAAAACUGCCUCGGUAUUCCCCUCAGGCUGGUCGCGUCUCAGUGAGAACCAGGCAGUAAGGAGAUUAGCACAGGGAGGCUCAAACCAUGAAUUACGUUGGGCAGCUUGCGGGCCAGGUGUUUGUCACUGUGAAGGAACUCUACAAGGGCUUGAAUCCUGCCACCCUGUCCGGAUGCAUUGACAUCAUUGUUGUCCGCCAGCCCAACGGGAGCUUGCAGUGCUCCCCAUUCCACGUCCGCUUUGGGAAGAUGGGGGUGCUGCGCUCUCGAGAGAAAGUGGUUGACAUAGAAAUCAACGGGGAGUCUGUGGAUCUGCACAUGAAACUGGGAGAUAAUGGAGAAGCAUUUUUUGUUCAAGAGACUGAUAAUGAUCAGGAAGUGAUCCCCAUGCACCUGGCCACCUCCCCUAUCCUGUCGGACGGAGCCUCGCGCAUGGAGUGCCAGCUGAAGAGGAGCCCUGUGGAUCGGAUGAGAAGCCUGGACCCCAGUGCGGCAGCCCCGGCCUUGCCUCCCAGUGAGACCCCUUCCAGUGGCUCCUUCGUGAAGAAGAGAAGGAAGCGGAGGAGAAAGUCCCAGCUGGACAGCCUGAAGAGAGAUGACACCUCGAACACGUCGGAAGAUGAGGACAUGUUUCCCAUAGAGAUGAGCUCCGAUGAGGAGCCGGACCCUCCGGGCAGCAGCAGAACGCUUUCUAGUGACAUACCUCCAUUCCAAGAAGAUGUCCCUAAGGAGAGCCUGUCUCCAGUCAUGCCUUAUUCUCAGUCAUCAUCGUACCCUAAUUCCGACAGAGAGUGGUCACCCACUGCCAGUAGCCUGAUAGAUUGCAAAAGGAACCCCCCUCAUGUGGCAGUGGCGGCCGAGGGCCUGCUUUCUAAUUCCUGCCCUCCGCAGUCAUCCCUCCUCCAUGCUUCGGAAAGUCCUUCAGGCUCCCGACCUUCGACACCUAAAAGUGAUUCUGAAUUGGUCAGCAAGUCCGCAGAUAGGCCGAUGCAGAAGAACAAACUGGAGAUGCUCUGGCUUUGGGGGGAGUUGCCACAGGCUGCAAAAUCACCUCUACACAAGAUGAAAGAUUCCAGCCCACUGAGCAGCAGGAAACUCUAUGAAAAAAUGCACUUCAAGGCCAUCCACAGUGAAUCUUCCGAUGCAUUCAGUGACCAGUCGCCCACACUGGCCGAGCCGCCUCCAGUGCAGCCGCUUUUAGAGCAGAGCAAGUCUCAGACAGAGAUGCAGUUCGUGAAUGCAGAGGACGUCGAGGCCUUGGGAGCCGCGGCCCCACCUCUACCUCCCAUUGAGGAGCCUAAGCCCCUCUGUGCUUCAGCGAGCAAGAUGGACUCGCCUUCUAGGAAGAAAGACAAACGAAGCCGGCACCUGGGUGCAGAUGGCGUCUACCUGGACGACCUCACAGACAUGGAUCCUGAAGUGGCCGCCCUGUAUUUUCCCAAAAAUGGAGACCCUUCUGGGCUCCCCAAACAUUCUGACAAUGGAGCCCGAUCAGCCAACCAGUCCCCACAGUCCGUGGGAAGCUCUGGAGUGGACAGUGGUGUGGAGAGCACCUCAGACGGCCUGAGGGACUUGCCGUCCAUCGCCAUCUCCCUCUGCGGUGGCCUCAGUGACAACAGGGAGAUAACCAAAGAUGUGUUUUUGGAACAAGCCGUGUCAUACCAGCAGUUUGUGGACAACCCUGCCCUCAUCGAUGACCCCAACCUGGUGGUAAAGAUCGGAAAUAAAUAUUAUAACUGGACAACGGCAGCCCCCUUGCUCCUGGCAAUGCAGGCUUUCCAGAAACCCCUGCCAAAGGCCACUGUGGAAUCUAUCAUGAGGGAUAAGAUGCCCCGAAAGGGAGGAAGAUGGUGGUUUUCGUGGAGGGGGAGAAAUACCACGAUCAAGGAGGAGAGUAAGCCAGAGCAAGGCUUGGCUGGCCAGAGCCACAGUACCGGGGAGCAGCCAUCGCAGCUCAGCAUGGCCACCAGAGUAAAGCACGAGUCAUCCUCCAGUGACGAAGAGCACGCAGCUACCAGGCCGUCCAGUGCCCCCCACCUCCCUCUGUUGUCUAACGUUGGCUACAAGAAGACCCUCCGGCUCACUUCAGAGCAGCUGAAAAGCCUAAAGCUGAAGAAUGGCCCCAACGACGUGGUUUUCAGCGUCACCACGCAGUAUCAGGGCACGUGUCGCUGCGAAGGCACCAUCUACCUGUGGAACUGGGACGAUAAAGUUAUCAUUUCCGAUAUCGACGGGACCAUCACCAGAUCAGAUACCCUCGGCCACAUCUUGCCUACCCUUGGGAAGGACUGGACCCACCAGGGCAUUGCCAAGCUGUACCACAAAGUGAGCCAAAAUGGAUACAAGUUCCUCUACUGCUCUGCGCGCGCCAUCGGGAUGGCGGACAUGACGAGGGGCUACUUGCACUGGGUCAACGAGAGGGGCACAGUGCUGCCCCAGGGGCCCCUACUGCUGAGCCCCAGCAGCCUCUUCUCUGCCUUGCACAGAGAAGUGAUUGAAAAGAAGCCAGAGAAGUUUAAAGUCCAGUGUUUGACAGACAUCAAAAACCUGUUUUUCCCAAACACAGAACCCUUUUAUGCUGCUUUUGGAAACCGACCGGCUGACGUGUAUUCGUACAAGCAAGUAGGCGUGUCUUUGAACAGAAUAUUCACCGUCAACCCCAAGGGGGAGCUGAUACAGGAGCACGCCAAGACCAACAUCUCCUCGUACGUGAGGCUCUGUGAGGUGGUUGACCACGUCUUCCCGCUGCUGAAACGCAGUCACUCUUCGGACUUCCCCUGCUCAGAUACAUUCAGCAACUUCACCUUCUGGAGAGAGCCACUGCCACCGUUCGAGAACCAGGAUGUUCACUCCGCCUCGGCGUGACGCGUCCAGGCAGCCUCCUGCACCGCGGGGAGACAGGCCGCCCAUUAAAGGAUAGGUGUUGGGAGCCGGAGGGAGCUCAGGAGGCUGGCCUGCGUCAUUGGCUUCUGAGCAGAGUCGAGAUGCACACACUCCCUCCUGCUGCCCAGGGCUGAGGCUUCUAAGUCAAGUGCAAAGAAGGGGGCAUCUUAAAGGCAGGAGUCGGGCGCACUCCCAGCAGAAGGUGGUCCUCGGGUGUGGCUUGAAGCCAGAGAUGGGGCCGCUCUUCCCAGCCUGCAGCACUGGCCACCAGGGUCCCCGGUGGUGACAGUGUCAACUGAGGGCCCCCAAUGCGCCCGGCUGUAGAGUGGGGCACAUAUCCCUUAUGGCGGUCUGCACCCCUCUUCUGCACUUGGCGGGGGCACCCUAGCCUUCACUGUUCUGGGCCUCGACCUUGUGGAUGUUCCCUCACAGUAUUUGCCGACAGGUCUAAUUUUUAGGUGAUAAGUCCUUUAAUUUCUCUGGUUAGAGAUAACCUGGGUGAUCCCCCGCCCCCUGUCUGUGGCGCAAGGCUGGGAUGUUGACUCCUUAACGCACCUGGCAGGCGUUUUAUUUAGAAUGUGCUUUGUCCGGCUCUCUAACUGCAAUGCCUUAAGCUCAGGUUGUGGGAAGUGUAUCUGGGGCCGUGUUUCAGAUCCGUUCAGGGCUCUGCCUGCGCCUUUAUCCUGCAGGCAGUGUUGAAACACAGGCUUGACCAGGGCUGGUGCCAGGCGGUAAUGGGGUCAGUUUCUACUGGGAGCUCUCAAAAGAAACUGCUCAGUUUUAAAAAAAAUAAUUUCAAGAAGUGAUAUUAUAUUCUUUGUGGAUAGCAUCUGUUACUCUGCUCUGACUGGUUACUGUUACAAGCAUUCGGCCGUGUUGUUACUGCUCACUGGUCACCUUAACAAGAUACACUUUAGACUGUAUUCUGUGUCUCACUAGGGGUUAUGAGUAAUUAUUCUUAUGUUCCUUAGCUUUUAUCACUAAAUGACUGAGUGACAUUCUUUAAGCCGCCAGAAGGUGAUUCUCUCUCGUUUAUUAACCGGCUUGAAGUGAGAACAAUUUGAAAAGUCAAAGAAUUAUUUUGGUAAAAGAGUUUGCUUUAUUUUUUGAAGUAUUAUUUUUCUAAAGAGCAUUUUCCUCCGAUGACUGAAGUGCUGUCCUAUUUAAAUUGUGCCAUUAGAGUCGUGGGCGGCAGACCGUGGGACAGCCGAUGGAGUUUUACUCUUUCUGUGAAAGAAAGCGCAGAGGUGCUGCCUGGGUGCGGUUGGCGGGUGGGGUGGCAGAGGCGGCCUUUCCGACCCAUCGGCGCGGCCCCUCUGAGAAAGGCGCACAGGCCUGUGGCCGAUCCCACUGGCUUAGAAACAAACUCGCAUGCGCAGAGUCCCUUUGGGAGCCUGGAAAGUAAUUAGAAACGGUCCUGCCUUAACCCCUGGGCUUGCUCAUUAGUGACCUUUAGAGCUACACUCCUUCUGUCACGGGUUUGGGUGGAUUUUAAAGGUCAUGACCUAAGGACAAGCGUGGGGUCUGCAGAGGCUCACAGUUCCUCCUCCACUGGGGGGUCGUGGCUGUGAGAGUGGGGAGCGUUCCCCUUGUGCUGUGUGCCGCUGGUCAGAACAGGACGAACAGCUGCAGUCCCCUCCACGUGCAGGUGUGGGAGGCGCACCUGGAGCUUCCAUGCCACAGCAGCUGAACCAGAGCCCACCUCCAGGAAGUCCCACGGAUCCGUGUCAGGUUCAGAGUGUGACCCCCACCCCCAUCCCCUGCCAGUGGCUUUGGAAAAUGAGACUUGUACCUGGAGGACACUCACGCAUAUGCGCGAUGGCUUAUCUGUGCUCACACAGCUAUAACCCGGCCACCUCACGACUGCAUGUCAUGUGCUGGGACGUUGCACGUGGUCCACACAUCCCAUAACACCCCACAGAAGUGUCUCUCCAGAGGGACAAGUCACCGAAUGUUCCUCACCCGUGAUGGAGAAAGUGUACCGGCCUGGUGCACUGGAGAGGUGGUGACACCUGCAGAGAGCUCCCUUUGCAGCUUAGGUGUGGGCGCUGCUUUGAUCUGUUUUAUUUACAGCACUGGCCGGUGUGUGGGCUGGCGCAGGGGGAACACUAGCGCUUCAUUAUGUUGUGCUGGAUGCAAAGCCAGAAGCUGUUGUAAUAAAGAGACCUGUGAAAGACCUCUGAAAA